AGUGUUGCAGGGGUAGGAACAUGGGGGAGAAACAAUCUGGAUAAAAUGAAAGUGAUGCUGGUGGCUAAGGGAAGGCGACUUGAUUCUGUGGGAAGGGCUAUAGCUGAUCCAUCUGUUUUCUAGAUUUGAGUAUGAGCACAGUUGAAGAGGAUUCUGACACAGUAACAGUAGAAACUGUGAACUCCGUGACUUUGACUCGGGACACAGACGGGAACCUCAUUCUUCACUGCCCUCAGAAUGAAGCUGAUGAAAUAGACUCAGAAGAUAGUACUGAACCUCCGCAUAAAAGGCUUUGUCUGUCUUCUGAGGAUGAUCAGAGUAUUGAUGAUUCUACUCCUUGCAUAUCAGUUGUUGCACUUCCACUUUCAGAAAAUGAUCAGAGCUUUGAGGUGACCAUGACCGCAACCACAGAGGUGGCAGAUGAUGAGAUUACUGAGGGAACUGUGACACAGAUCCAGAUUCUACAGAACGAGCAACUAGAUGAAAUAUCUCCCUUGGGUAAUGAGGAAGUUUCAGCUGUUAGCCAAGCAUGGUUUACAACUAAAGAAGAUAAGGAUUCUCUGACUAACAAAGGACACAAAUGGAAGCAGGGGAUGUGGUCCAAAGAAGAAAUUGAUAUUUUGAUGAACAAUAUUGAACGCUAUCUGAAGGCACGCGGAAUAAAAGAUGCUACAGAAAUCAUCUUUGAGAUGUCAAAAGACGAAAGAAAAGAUUUCUACAGGACUAUAGCAUGGGGUCUGAACCGGCCUUUGUUUGCAGUUUAUAGAAGAGUGCUUCGCAUGUAUGAUGACAGAAACCAUGUGGGAAAAUAUACACCUGAAGAAAUUGAAAAGCUCAAGGAGCUCCGGAUAAAGCAUGGCAAUGACUGGGCAACAAUAGGGGCGGCGCUAGGAAGAAGUGCAUCUUCCGUCAAAGAUCGGUGCCGACUGAUGAAGGAUACUUGCAACACAGGGAAAUGGACCGAAGAAGAAGAAAAGAGACUUGCAGAGGUGGUUCAUGAAUUGACCAGCACUGAGCCAGGUGACAUAGUCACACAGGGUGUGUCUUGGGCAGCUGUGGCAGAACGAGUGGGUACCCGCUCAGAAAAGCAGUGUCGUUCUAAAUGGCUCAACUACCUGAACUGGAAACAGAGUGGAGGUACUGAGUGGACCAAGGAAGAUGAAAUCAAUCUCAUCCUCAGGAUAGCAGAGCUUGACGUAGCUGAUGAAAACGACAUAAACUGGGAUCUGUUAGCAGAGGGAUGGAGCAGUGUCCGUUCACCACAGUGGCUUCGAAGUAAAUGGUGGACCAUCAAAAGGCAAAUUGCAAACCAUAAGGAUGUUUCAUUCCCUGUCUUAAUAAAAGGUCUUAAACAGUUACAUGAGAAUCAAAAAAACAACCCAACGCUUUUGGACAAUAAAUCAGGAUCUGGAGUUCCAAACAGUAAUUCCAAUUCCAGUGUACAGCACGUUCAGAUCAGAGUCGCCCGCUUGGAAGACAAUACAGCCAUUUCUCCAAGCCCCAUGACAGCCUUGCAGAUUCCGGUCCAGAUCACCCAUGUCUCUUCAGCAGACUCUCCUGCUGCUACUGUUGACUCAGAAACAAUAACACUAAACAGUGGAACACUACAGACGUUUGAGAUUCUUCCAUCUUUCCAUUUACAGCCCACUGGCACUCCAGGCACCUACCUGCUUCAAACAAGCUCAAGCCAAGGCCUUCCCCUAACUCUGACUGCUAGUCCCACUGUCACCCUGACAGCUGCUGCUCCUGCUUCUCCUGAACAGAUCAUUGUUCAUGCUUUAUCCCCAGAACAUUUGUUGAACACAAGUGACAACGUCACAGUGCAGUGUCACACACCAAGAGUCAUCAUUCAAACUGUUGCCACAGAGGACAUCACUUCUUCCAUAGCCCACGCAGAACUGGCUGUAGAUAAGGAUAUUCAUUCAUCUGAUUUUCCUGAGCCUCCAGAUGCUCUAGAAGCAGACACUUUCCCAGAUGAAAUUCAUCCGCCUAAGAUGACUGUAGAGCCAUCAUUUAAUGAUGCUCAUGUAUCCAAAUUGAGUGACCAAAAUAGCACAGAACUGAUGAAUAGUGUUAUGGUCAGAACAGAAGAAAUCUCUGACACCGACCUUAAACAAGAGGAGGACUCACCCUCGCAUUUAGCCCAUGCUUAUGUUACUGAGGAUUUAGAGUCUCCCACCAUACAAGAACAAGUUGAUCAAACAACAAUCGAUGAUGAAACGAUACUUAUCGUUCCUUCUCCACAUGGCUUUAUCCAGGCAUCUGAUGUUAUAGAUACUGAAUCUGUCUUGCCUUUGACAACACUAACAGAUCCCAUACUCCAACACCAUCGAGAAGAAUCAAAUAUCAUUGGAUCAUCUUUGGGCAGUCCUGUUUCAGAAGACUCAAAGGAUGUUGAGGAUAUCGUAAACUGUCAUUAGGUAAUUCUUAGAAGCAGGUUGUUCAAGCAAAGAAGCCACACUGUUAAUGACAACAUCUCCAGAGAACUAAGAGCAACUCCCAAGAGGCUUGAUUUACCAUUCCUCUGGCUCUUAAAUAGCUACAGUGCUUGAGCCACAUACAGCGUUGCUGCUAUGACUUUUUACCUCCUUGAAAUAUAUCAGCUGAGGUCUAGUCUGAUGACAGUGUGUCCCUGAGUGGAGUAUGGGGGUCUUAACUGCAGAGAUCCCUGUGAUUAGUGUUAUUUGUCAGCAGGGAAUUGCAUUCACUUCAGCUACUGAGAAAAGUUUAAAAUCACCAAAGCUUAACUACUCUGUUUUAAAAGCAGUAAUAUUCAUGUCUAAAGAUCAGAUACGGCUCCCUAUCCAGUCUCAAGUAGGCCUGUUUAUAUCUCAGAGAAGUCACAUCAACAUGGUCUAGAGCUUACCAGUGACCUUC